AUGGGAGAGUUAGACGGCAAAGUUAUUAUCGUCACGGGGGCAGGAGCCGGAUUUGGCAAAGGCUUGGUUGGAGCUCUCACCAUCGAAGGAGCCAAAAUCGUUGCUGUCGACCUGAAUGACGAGAAUGUCAAGGCAACGGCGGCCGCGGCAUCACCCAAGUCGUGUGUGGCUCAUACCGCCGACGUUUCUUUGGAGUCCUCUUGGAGAGACAUUCUCAAGACUGCAUUGGACACUUUUGGGAAGGUCGACACCGUUGUCAACUGUGCUGGCGUCCUCCACGAUAUCGUUCCCUCACAUGAGGCAUCCGAAGACGUCUUUGACUUGAUGUUCCGGGUAAACGUGAAGCCAAUACACUGGACAACGAGAGUCAUCAUCCCAUAUUGGCUGUCAGGGAAUAUUCGGGGCCAUGUCAUCAACUUUGGAAGUAGUAGUGAAUAUCGACCAAGAGCUGGAUUGCUAUGGUAUGCCGCCAGUAAGGGAACCAUAACUACGGCGACAAAAGCUCUCGCCCUAGAGUACGCCAAGUCUGGGAUCCGGUUCAAUUGUAUUCGCCCCGUUGUUGGUGAGACUGGAAUGAUGCUCAAAGUAAUGGGCGGGGAAGACACCCCAGAGGCUCGGCAAAGGCUCUGUAGCACUAUCCCGCUCGGGAGACCAUGUCAACCCAGAGAUAUUUCGAAUAUGGUCACCUUUUUGGCCUCAGAUAAAGCAGAAUUCCUCACAGGAAUCACCAUGGAUGUGGAUGGUGGACGGGGAGUGGCUUAG